AUGGAAUGGACGAAACCGAGCAAAGGGAGCUUCUUUGCAGCUCUCGAGAAGCUUGACCAGUCGGAUGAUAGUGACGACGAAUAUGACUCGCUAGAAAGGAUUGCUGCUCUCGGGCCUUCAAAUAUUUCAAAGACAACUGCGCCUUCUGUUUCAGACCAUUGCGAGGCUCCAGUAUACCCUCAGCUUGCUCGGUCGUCUGCAGACCCAAAACUAUCAUCGUUAUCAUCGUUAUCAUUCAAUAACCCAUCCGCAGACUGCGAUAUCGAGGAGAUCAAUCGGAACACCUUUGAAACCCAGAAGCCCCGAAGAACAGAGCAAACUGUCAUUCCAACAGUGAGGAGAGUUCAUACCUUGGGAGCUAUGGCGGGAACCAAGAAUGGAGGCCCCGCCUCAAAGAAAAGAAAGCCAAACAAUACGAAGAUCGUCCCUGAGAAUCAGCAGAUUUUCAAAGACUUUGUUCUCUUUUUCUUCCCGAACAAUGAUAUCUCUCCGCCUCGUCGACUACGGAUCCAACGAGCUCAGGAGUAUGGUGCAAAAUGGGAGCGGCAAUGGUCUAACAGCAUUACCCAUGUGAUUUUAGAUAAAGGCUUGGGGUAUCAAGAUCUUCUCAAGCAUCUCAAGCUGGACCUAGUCCCUGAGAAAGUUGUCAUCGUCAAUGAAAUCUACCUAUCCGAUUGCAUCAAAUUCCGCUCAGUCCUAAGCCCCAUAUUCGAACGAUUCCGAGUUGAUGGAACUCCUGAAAAGGCCAAAAACGCAGAACAUACGGAACCUGCGCGAACAGAGCCCAAGAGUCUUGAAACUUUACCCCUCAAGCAAUCAAAUCGAGAAAAACUACAAUGCCAGGGCCAGGAGUCUACUCAAAACUCUUCCAUGGAUGGCAUGACUAUAUUGCCGGCUAAUGAACCCAUCAAAGAGCACAAUCUGGGGGCAGGGCUUCGUGAGCGCGAUGUCCUUGACGAUUUGAUCGACGAGUCUAAAGCUAUAAGCCAUUUGCCUCUCGAUUUCCUCGAUUCUGCAGAUGAAAGGGCUGGUGCGGGUGUACAUGAAUCUGAUGAUGAGUCUGUGGAAUCAUCAGAGUCGGAAAUACCACGAAAGAGAAAAAUACCAAAAGGACGCAAGGGAAACGAGGGAAACGAGGGAAACGAGGCAACGGAGUCAUGGGCCAAGAGUUUCGCAUGCAUGCAAAAGUUCGAUCCCGAUGCACAGCGAGACAAUCCAAACGCCAAAACGAUCGAAAUUCUGCAGCAGAUUGUCAAUUACUAUGACCGAACAGCAGACCACUGGCGCAGUUUUGCCUAUCGCAAGGGUAUCAAUGCCCUGCGCAGGCAGACUGAGAAGAUUGUUACACGAAAGCAGGCCCGGUCCAUUCCCGGAAUUGGGGAACGAUUGGCUGAUAAGAUUCAGGAAAUCGUGCUUACCAACCGACUCCGUCAACUUGACAAUACGAACUACACAGCCGAAGAUCGUAUUAUCCAGGAGUUUAUCGGAAUUUAUGGAGUUGGUCUGUCCCAGGCGUCCAAAUGGCUGGCCCAAGGACACCGUUCAUUGGUCGACCUCUUGGAGAAAGCCCAUUUGAGUACGAAUCAACGUAUUGGGGUGGAGCGGUAUCAUGACUUUAUGCAGCGGAUCCCACGCAAGGAGGUUGAAGCUCACGGGGCGAUCGUACAAAAAGCAGUCCAGGCGGCAGAUCCAGAUAUGCAGGUGAUCAUUGCUGGUUCUUACCGCCGCGGGGCACCAAAUUCGGGCGAUAUAGAUGUUCUCAUCACUAAACCGAACGCUUCCCUGGAAUAUAUUCGUGGCUUGAUGCAGGAUGUGGUGAUUCCCAAGCUAUUUCAAGAUGAAUUUCUUCGGGUUGGGCUCGCCACCUCCAAGCGACAUGACCAUGAUGGUUCUAAAUGGCAUGGAGCGUCCACUGUCCCUGGCAGUCCGGUUUGGCGACGGAUCGACCUCCUCUUCGUGCCUGGGGCGGAGUUUGGGGCAGCGUUGCUAUAUUUCACGGGCAAUGAUAUUUUCAAUCGCAGUAUGCGACUCCUCGCUCGCAAGAAAGGACUGUGUUUAAAUCAGCGCGGGCUUUAUACAAAUGUACUACGUGACGCGCAGCGGGUGAAGGUCAAUCCGGGCCGAUUGCUCGAGGGUCGGGAUGAGCGACGGAUUUUCGCAUUGCUGGAAGUGCCGUGGCGACCUCCACAGGAGCGAAUUUGCUAA